AUGUCCGACAAGAUCCACGUCCUGCACCACCCGCUCGUCAAUGCGCGGAUGUCCCACCUGCGACAGACGUCCACGAGCGCGAAGGAGUUCCGUGAGGGCAUUCAUGAUAUUAGCAUGAUGCUGGGCAUCGAGGCCAGUCGUGAUCUGGAGGAGGAGCAGUUUACUGGCCAAACGCCUAUAGGCACCUUUACGGGGACGACGAUCAAGCCGCGGAUUGGACUGACGCCUAUCCUGCGAGCAGGGCUGGGCAUGACCGACGCGCUGCUUAACUUGUUUCCCGCAGCGCAGGUGUACCAUCUGGGAAUAUUCAGGGAGAAGGUAACACUGCAGCCUGUCGAAUAUUAUUCCAAGCUGCCGUCGAUCGUGCCAGUAGACACUGUCUUCCUCCUUGACCCGCUCAUUGCGACGGGUGGCACAGCAUGCGCUGCAUUGCAGAUGCUGCUCGACUGGGGAAUGCCAGUCCAUAAGAUUAAGCUCCUGUGUGUCUUGGCGUCCAAGACCGGCCUGGAUCGUGUACAUGCAGAGUUCCCGAACCUUGAGAUCUGGGUGUCUGCCGUUGAUGCUGAGCUCACGAGCAAAGGUAUCAUAUCGCCUGGAUUGGGUGAUACUGGCGAUCGUCUGUACAACACAUUGAGAGAGUGA